GCGGAGGUUGGGGGGCGGGGGGGGGGGCGGGCUCGAGAGCCCCGCGGAGAGUUCAGAGGUCAAAGGGCGUUGAGGGGCGUUAGGUCGGCGUCCCUCGUGAGAGGCCGGGACAGGAUAUGAGGUGGGAAGAAUCAAGUUGCAACCGCGUGCUCGCUCUAUCAAAAAAAGAUGCUAUCUCAACACUAGUCUAAGGUGGUUUUCCACUGACCCUAUGGCUGAAGACAUCCUUCCUUGACUUCUAUCGGAAUAGUCUAGUUCAUUCGGUGUUACAUUGUCAGGCUAACAAAUAUGGAGCUCUCCACUAGGACUUGGAGAAUAAUUUCAAUGGGCACUAAAGUUCUGGACUAGAAUUGUUCAGAAAGGUAGAUGGACUUUAAGGCAAUUGCCCAAAACUCUGCUGAAGAGGUUUUAGCUUACAAUCAAGAUAUAUCUGACUGGAAAGUGGUUAAAUCUUCAAAAAAGGUAACUGUUUCCAGCAAGACCUCUAGAAAGUUCCUCGGAAAUCUAUAUCGUAUUGAAGGCGUAAUUCGAGAGUCAACAGCUAAGGUCUCCAAUUUCCUCUACCAACCUGAAAACAGAAUUACUUGGGAUAAAUCACUGAAAGGAUACAAUGUGGUACACAAGAUUGAUUCGGACACAUUUAUAUGCCAUGUCAUGACACAAAGUUUUGCCAUGGGCUCAAUUUCCCCUAGAGACUUUGUCGACGUAGUCUGCAUCAAGCACUAUGAAGGGAAUAUCGACAUUAUCAGUACUAACAGUGUGGACUUCCCAGGAUAUCCUCCAUCUCCGCAUUAUAUCCGUGGCUAUAAUCAUCCUUCUGGCUAUGUGUGCUCACCUCUCAAAGAAAACCCAGCGUAUUCCAAGCUAGUGAUUUUUGUCCAGACAGAAAUGAGAGGAAAACUGCUUCCAUCGAUAAUUGAAAAAUCUAUGCCUUCCAACUUACUGAGCUUCUUCCUCAAUGCAAAAGAUGGGAUAAAGGCACAUAAAAUUCCAUCCAUACGCGGACAUCACAAUGGGCACCCAUCAGUUACACCCAUCAGUAAAUAAAGCCAUCUGCCAUUAAACCAAAGAGAUUUCCCACCGCAUGAACUGCUGGCAUGUGUAGUUUGUUACUGCAGGUUACUUGUAAGUCAACAUGCACGCAUCUCUUGUACGUCUCUAGACACCAGUUUUGUACAGAGUUCUUGAAACAUUUUGUCAAAAUAAGAACUUCAUUUUACAAGAAAACCCCAUUAAAUACAGUUUUUCAUCUCACAUGACAUUAAAUAAUGUGCUAUUAAUACACUUUGCCCACCUGAAUAUACUCCAUAUUCAGAUCAUAAACAAACACACAGGCUGGGCAAUGGGGGCACACACCUUUAAUCCC